UGCGACUAUAGCAUUCGUCUGAACUGGGAGGGGCGAAAGAAGAAGAACCCAGGCUUCGAGACCAUCUUGUUCCAGACGCCGUCAGAAUCAUCAUCAAGCUCCGAACAUAAGGACCCCUCUUCUGCUGCUGCUGCUGCUGCUGCUGCUCAGGACGGCACGAGGAAAGAGUCAAAGGGUCCAAAGGGAUUUUACGAACAACCUCUGCAGGUGCGCAUACCUCGAGACCUGGAGCCAUUACCGGCCAAGCUGCUCGAGAACCCGAUGAACCUGCUCUACUUCCAUCACUUUAUGAACCAUACAGCAAAAGCCCUUGCACCAUCCCACCGUGCCCAUCUCCUUGGCCAUCCGGAACCAGCUACACGUAUUGCCCACUGGAUGCAAGACAUCUUUCCCGCCCUCAGAAACGCACUGAACGAUCCUUCUCAGUCCAUAUCCAACGAGAACAUCGCGACGGGAAUCAUGCUUGCCUCGCUGGAGAUCGUCAGCCCCACAGCCUUUGGCGUGGCGAUCCCCUGGCAGCGCCACCUUGGCCUCGCUCGGGAAUUGAUCAACUCGCGGAACGACGGCAUCCGGUGGACACGAGAGUGGAAGGAGGAAGACCAGGUGCGGGCCUUCUUGUGGAGCUGGUUUGCAUAUCUGGACAUCCUGGGCACGCUCAGCGGCGGGCGGGGCCAGAGCUCGACGGCGUGGAUCCUGGACUACCAGCAGGACGAGUAUGAGGAGGAAUGGGACGAGAUCGACUGCAUCAUGGGCGUGACGACGCGCGGGGUGUAUUUCCUGGCCCAGGUCGCCGACCUGGUCAAGGAGUGCGAUAUCUUACGCGCAGGCGACUCCCGCCACUCCGGGGCUGCGGCCCUCAGGGGCGGCGAUACAUGGCAGCCGCCCAACGAGAUUCUGCACCGGGCAUGGGCCCUCGAGGCGAAGGCGACGGACUCCAUGUCCAGGUCACCACAGCCGUGCAAGCACCUCCACGCGUCAGGUAGCGUCGCGCGCUGGGAGCGUCACGAGAUCACAGCGCUGAGCGAGGCAUUCCACUGGGCGGGGCUGGUGCACCUGCACCGGCGGGUGCUGGAGCGCCCGUCGAGCCACGCCGACGUGCAGGCGGCCGUGCUCAAGAUCCACGCAUGUCUUGAUAUCGUGCCCUAUGGAGGGAACGCCGAGGCGAGCAUGCUAUUCCCGCUGUUUACGGCGGCGUGCGAGACGGUCGGCGAGGAACGACGGCAUCUCGUCCGGGAGAGGAUGGACAGCCUGAAGCGGACCGGCUUCUUGCAGGUCGAGAGGGCGAGGGCGGUGGUGGAGCAGGUGUGGGAGACGGGGCAGUCUUGGGAGUCCCUACUGACUACCGAGUUCAUCGGGUGA